AUGCCGAAAUUAGAGACCCUAUUGUAAUUUUGCUAGCCUCUUCAUGGCAAACAUCUUUAAAUGUUGAUCUUGUAAAUGAAAGGAUUUAACAGAGAAUCAUUAAAAUUAAAAUGUCUUUAACAAUCCCCAAGAGCUUAAAGUUUUUAUUGAUAGCCUGAUAAAUUAGUUCUACACUUAUUAUAACUUUAACAUUAAUUAGAUCCCUGAAUUAGGAUUAUCAAGGUUUGAUAAAUUCAUAAAAGAUUUAUGUUAAAUACAAGAUUAAGAAAAUGUGUUAUUUUUACAACUUAAACAAUUAAUUGAAUAAGUAAAACCAAUUAUAAACAAAAUACUGAAAAAAAUGAAGAAUUAAUCAAAUUUGAACUAAAAUAAUACUUAACUUUCAACAACCAAAUUAAUUUAAGAAUAAUCAUAGCUUUUAAUAAAUUAAAACAUUCAAAUUUGA